AUGAUCCAAGAAACAUAUGGUACAGCAUUGAGACAAACAUCGGUCUUUUUGCAAAAUGAUGAACAUGGAGAAAAACAUUGGCAAGACUUACAUAAACGAGUGAUUGAACAUGUACCAAAAUAUUAUAAAAGAAUCAGAACAAAAAGAUUGUCUCAAUUAUUGGAUCUUAAUGAUCAAGAUACUGAAGACUUUUUAUCAAAACUUGUGGUUUCCAAAACCAUUUAUGCAAAGAUUGAUCGACCAGCUGGAAUUGUUUCUUUUGCGGAACCUAAAGAUCCAAACCAAGUUUUAAAUGAUUGGUCAAAUAAUAUCAAUUCUUUAUUGGGUCUAAUUGAAAAAACAUGUCAUCUAAUUACAAAAGAAGAAAUGUUACAUAGUAUAGCUAGAGUGAAAUAA